AGAAUUAGAGUCUAAUUACUUAACCUUUAAAAUAUUAGAGAAGUGCAAAAUCAGUGGGAAUAAAUUGCUCUAACCAUUGUGAUUGUGUACCCACAAUAACUAAUAAAUGUCUUCGUGGUUUAACUUUAUUCUUUAAUUGUUCCAAAAAACAUGGAGACCAGAGCACUGAAAACAGUUAAAGACCGUUCAACUAAAAAUGCUCCAGUUAAUUAUCCAGGAUCAGGUCAACGUCCAGCUGUCAGGCGUUCCAUUCGUACUCCUGUACAGGUGUUGCCACUCAAUGUUGAAAAGUUUGCCAGUAAAUCAUAUGUCAUACCAACAGAUCAAGAUGAUAAAGAGACACCCAGAACUUUGAUAGCAGGAUUUUUGGGUCCUGCAGAGUCACAGACUUCAUCACGAACAUUGAGAAGAAGAAGUGAAAAAAUUUCUGAAUUUAUAUCACCAAGACUGUCAGAUGUUUUGAAAAAAAAAGUCUUGAAUGCAGCACCCUCAACAUCCGAGUCACCUGGUAGUAAAUCCACUCCUCGUACCAAUAUUAUGUAUAUAUUGGCUGGUCCUGAAGAACAAACUCCACUGGAAAAAACUUCAACUACCACAAAACAUCAGCCUCUAGAAUCAGUUUCUUCUCGGACUAAAAGAAGGCGCAGCAGUUGGGGACAGAGGUUGUCUAUUUCACCCAUUCAAGUCUCAAAAAGCAACACUGAAGAUUCAGAAGACACAAGUCUUGUGAAUGGAAGAAGGAAAACUAGGAGAUCUUUUCAUUUUAAUAGAAAUGCUAUUGUUAGAUCAACUCACCUUCUGUCAGAGUCAAACCUUACUAUUGGGGAAAAAAAAUCCUUUGAAAAAAGUGUUUCUAAAAGUAACAUCGUUGUACAGGAAGAUUUUAUUGAAAGCUCUGGCAGUAAUGAUCAACAAGAGGUUAACAGUAAUAGAAAAAGUGUUUCUCAAAACAAAAGUCCUAAUUUAGACAAAAUCGGUGCUCUUAUUUCAUCACCAGCUUCUGAACAAAAAUAUGAACAAUUGCAGGACUUGUUCUUGUCCAAAGAAAGCAGCAGUGAUGUUGCUAUUAAUGAGCAACAGGUUAGACUACAUGGCGACUCAGGGGAAUAUCUACCAAAUGUGUCAUCCAAUCAUUAUGAUGAGAAAAAAAUUGAAAGGAAUGAAUUACGACCACAACAGAACCAGAACUCAUUGUCAGAAACUGUGCUUCACCAAGGUUUAGACUCUGGAGAAGAAGAAGACCUUAUGCUACAGGACCAAGUGAUGGCCAACGUAAGCAAGCCCAAAGUAAGUGCUGAGGCAGUUCAUUCAGCUGUUGCCAUUGGAAAUGAUGAAAUAGAUUCUGAUAAAGAGGUGCAACUAAGUAAAAUAUUGUCUCAGUCAAAUAGGAGCAAUGAGCUAAUGAAACAAAGAAACAGUGGGAGAGGCAGUAAAGACAUACAAUCUGAGAAACUAGAGGUUUCAUCCAUAUCUCACAAGAAAAGUGGCACAGAAAAGGACAUUAGCAGAUCAGUAGAUCAUCUAAGUACGAGUCCAAUGUCACCCCAAAAACAUAUGUCCAAGGAGGAUGUCGGAGGAUCUUUAGCUCCUUUUGAUGAGCCUGAUGGGGCCACUAACAGAAGUGAUCUUAGGUCAACAAGUUUUCAAGAGAUCAUGUCAAGAAGUUCACAUUCUAAAGUAUCUAAAUCCAAAACAUCAAUCAGAAAUAUAAGCUUGUUACAGGCAGCUUCCAAAGAGCCAGAACCUUUCUCUGCUAGAAAAGGACUUAGUGAGUAUGAUUUAAUGGAGAGUAGCAGCGAUGCUGAACAAGAAUCUAAGCACUCCAAAUUAUUAAGGACUCCUAAAAGCAAAAAGAAAACAUUAUCCUCUCGUUCUAAUAUUACUAAAGAUGAACUAGCUGAAAAAUAUAACUCACCGUCCAGAUCACCUGGAUCACCAUACAGAAUUUUGCGUCAAAAUAAUGCAGAUUUCCGCGUCAUUGGACAACGGUCUACAACACCUUUAAAGCGAAACAAAACUCAAUCGCCAGGCUCAUCUUACAAAAUUUUUAUACAAAACAAUUCCAACUUCCAAGUUAAUGGACAGAGGUCCUCGACUCCUUUAAUUCGAAACAAAAGUUUUCUCCAUUCUACAAAAGUUCAAGAGGUAUUGCCAUUUGAUUUGACACACAAUCAAACACAUCUGAUGGAAAAUGAGAUACGAGACAUCUCACCAAUAAGGCCUGACGUAAGGACACAGCGACAACAAAAUUUGAUAGAAGAUGUUCCAGACAUUGUGACUGCUGAGACAGAGAUAAAUAAUGUUUCCAAUGUGCAAAAGUCCAUUGGCUCAAAUAAAACUGGUCAUGGGAGCAAGCUGGAAAGUAGGUCAAAUGAAGAAAUUUUGCAUCAGGUCAAUGGUAGCACAAAAGUUAACAGCAUCCAUAAUCUAGAGAAUACAGUUAGUCAGACUACUGGUUACCAAGAAACAGGAAAUUCUAAAAGUCCAGUUAAUGUCAUCCAAGAAAAAACAAUUCCAAGAUCAAAGAGACAGAGAUUAGAACCUGAUGAAGAAGAUGACCUGCCAAGUGGCUAUUCUCCUAUCAACACACCUGUUUUUACUGCAACAAAACCUCCUCCAGAACCAGUCUCUAUUGGUAAACAGAAACCAAGAAUGAUACAAUCAACUCUUACCCAAGCAGGAAUGUUGAAGGCUGUAGUUCAACCUAAGAAGGCAAACACCAAAUCCAAAGAAAUAUCUCCUGCUGCUAAACGAAUGAAAAAAGCAACUGGGCACUCUACACUUCCUAGAAGUUCUGUCAAAUUUUUUGCGGAAAGGCACUCUAGUAUGAAAUUAUCUAAAGAUGCAGUGGAUGAAAUAGUAAAAGUAUCUGAAGUGUUCUGGAGUGAUACCUGGAAGGCUCUAGAAGCCUAUGCACUUCAUGCUGGCAGAAAGAAAAUUAAUAAGGAUGAUGUUAUUUUACUCAUGAAGACGCAACGUGCAAUUACUGGUAUUGAAGAUCUGCAUGACAAGAUUCGAGAAUAUUUGCCAAUGGAACUUAGAACAGAACUCAUUCCCUUAAAGCUGUAAAUUUGCUAAGCUAGCAAUCAAAGAAUCUGUUCAUCAAUGAGUGAAGCAGCUCUUGCUUGAAGCUAAAAUUAAGUUCCAGUGGAUAAGUUUAGAAAACAUAACUUACUGUAACUGGAGUCCAUGCUAUCAGAGUCCUGACUGUGCAUGCAACAGACUUACUACCAGUAUCUCUGGAGGCUGUCUUCUGGUAUUGAUGGUACAAUGAAAGCUGUAAUCAAUCACUCAUAAAACAUUGUGCUCUGUAUAUGCCUGUGCCUUUAAAAAACUGCUUAGUUUUAAAAGAGACUUCCCUCCUCAUCUAUCUUUUCACCACUGACAUUUAUAAUGUGAUAAAUCUUCUACAAUAUCUGGUGUGAAAGUUAUGUCGUUCUUCAGGUAUUGAAAUUUGAUAUAUGUGUGUAUAUAUGUACAAUAAUAGUGUAUUUCAAUCAUUAUUUCAUUUUGAUUUCCUCUAAAAAAAAAAAUAACAACAAUGGUUUAUCCUUGUGUGACUGAA